AUGGAGAAGUCUUUGGCGAUUGGUUCCAAAACUGGAGUUAGACUCCAACUACUUCCCGAGGUUGAUGAUCAAUAUAAUGAUCAUCCUGUGGUUCCCCUGAGCUUAUAUACAUGUGAGACAUUGGUACCCUUACGACUCCAUGGUGCCACCUUGGUUAAUGCCAAGUUUGUUUCCUUGCCUUGUCUAAAGAUCAUCCAUUUAGAAGAUAAUAUACUUCCCAAUGAAGCAACAUUGGAGAAACUUAUCUUAGGCUCUCCAGUUCUUGAAGAUUUGACACUCAUCAGAUUGUCAACUGAUAAUGCUACGGUCUUACAAGUACGCUCUAAGACAUUGAAGCGAGUCCACGUAAAUGAGUUUACCAAAGUUGUGAUUGAUGCUCCUCUACUCGAGUUUUUGAAGACUAAGGUUUACAAUACAAAGAACUUUAAGAUCAUCAAUUCAGAUUUCUUUGCCAAAGUGGAUAUUAGUGUCAACUUUAACCGUCCUCGUCUUGGGUUAAUUCCGGAUCGCUUAGCCAACACUACCGUGAUUCGCGAUAUCCUCACCGAUAUAUCGAGAGUCAAAGAUCUCGUUAUUGAGAGUGCUACUUGGGAGGUCAUCUUACUAUACACGCAACCAGGACCACUGCCUCAGUUUCCUAACUUGUCCUGCUUAGAUGCUAAAUUUACUUACUCACAUGCAAAAAUGUUACCAACCCUUCUUGACAGCUGCCCUAAACUAGAAUCUCUUGUCUUGGAACUGGAGGAGGACCCGUAUCACGUUCGUUGUAGGAAGAAAAGAACACCAAAGAUGAUGUUUUCGACAGUGCCUGUGUGUUUGGUAUCAUCACUUAAGUUUGUGGAACUGAAAAGACCGAUCAUGGGGUAUAAAGGAGAAAUGAAUCUAAUAAGUUAA